GGUUGAGAUUUGUUAUGUCCUCCCCUAUCUUUGCCGAGAGUCGUAUAGCCUUGAUGUCUCGGUGGGCUGGUUAGCAUUCUAAGUGUCCUGGCUGCCUCAGAACGAGUUGCUCGCUCGGUGGGCGAAGCUCAUUCUCCAAGCAACGCAUGUUCCCAGUGAUCGAUUCCCUUAAGAGAGUUGGUGACAGUGUUUCAGGCCACAGCAAUAUUGGCGAAUUUGCAUUUUAUGGCGUGGCGAGAUUGUGGCUUUUCAUACGAUUUUCAACUUCAUGAGGAGCAAAAGUGGUAAUCUCAAUUGACUCGCAGGAAUGGAUUUAAAGUACAUUACCGGCUCGAUUAUUUAAAAGUUAUCAAGAUGAAUUCCGAUAUCCAGUGAGUAGUGCUCUAAUAUCUAAGCCUUUUUAAAAAUAUGUUAUGCGCUUAAAAGAUUCGUGAAUCCAGUGUCAGAUGCUAAAAUAGACAUCCCUACAAGACAAUAGUAAACCAUAGGUAAACAUGGGAUGAAGAUAAAAAAAGAUAACGAUAUACUACGAUAUGUGUGAAUAUGCGCACUAAAUCAUUCCAAGUGAUACAUUUUUCCCCGUAAUACAUCAUAAGUGAUGAUUUUUCAAGAUCCACUGGCAGUCGAGGAAGGGGACAGGUAAACCGAACCAGCCAUGGCCCUGGAGUCAGUCACCGCAAUCGACGUCACAGAGGAUUUCGACGUCAACUCCUCCUCCUUCAUCAUCUCGGAAGAUUACGAUCCCAACGGAACCUUCAUCUAUGAUUAUGACGAGUACGAUGCACUCACCCACCUCGCAGCUUCCUCGCCGUUGCUCAGGUUCAUCGUUCACGGAUUACUUCUGACGAUUAUCGGACUCUUCGGAUUAGCCGGAAAUAUUAUCUCUAUCGUCAUUCUCUGCAGGCUCAACGUUCGUUCUUCAAUCAACUGUUGCUUGCUCGGGCUUACUACGUUCGACUUGUUAGUGAUCAUAACUUCAGUCCUAGCGUUCGGUCUGAUUGAAAUAGGCCAAUACACGAACAGUAUAUCAUGGUAUGUCAAUGGAUUGUUAGAAGUGUUCCCGAUCUUUUUCCCUUUAGGCAUCAUAGCUCGCACAGGAUCCAUUUACUUGACAGUGAUUCUGACGGUCGAAAGGUACGUGGCCGUCUGCUUGCCCUUUCGAUUCAGGUCCUUGGUGACAUACGGCCGCGCCAGGAUUCUGGUGAUUGCCGCCUCCCUCUUCUCGGUUCUCUACAAUCUUCCCAGGUUCUGGGAACACUACUACGAGGAGCAUCAGAAGGACGGGAAGACUUACUUCGUCAUUAAACCAACGACUCUAAGACAAAACCCUCUCUAUCAGCAAGUGUACGUCACCUGGAUGUAUUUGGUUGUCCAGUAUUUGGUACCAUUCCUUAGUCUCUUGAUCUUAAAUUGUCAAAUCUACCUAGAGGUACGAACCGCCAACCAAGGGCUGAGGGUUCUCAGCAGACGACAGAGAAAAGAACUUAAACUGGCCCUCAUGCUAUUGACCGUCGUCAUAGUGUUCUUCCUGUGCAAUAUCUUGGCCUGCGUCUUGAACAUUCUUGAAAUAGCCAACGUCGCUAUUCACAAGCUGAAGGAAUUCAGCAAUCUCCUCGUCACUAUAAACUCUUCUGUGAACUUUAUUAUCUACUGCACGUUUAGUCAGAGGUUCCGAAAGGACUUACUGAAACUGUUCCAUUACUGCUGUGUGCGCCAAGGGCUGGAGUUGGUGAGCGCGUCCAGCACAGGAGGCUACGAAGCAGCGCGUAACGCAAGACCCACAGAGAUCGUCAUGGUUUCCAUCAGAGGUGAUCCACGCAAAGGCCAGCUGUUGAACACAGACGACGCAGAAGACAACAAUACACUCUGAACACCCUUUUCGUUUUGUUGCCAAAAUCGGGACCUCCAGUGGAUGCGCUUCUUGAGCGAGAGCAAAAUCAAAGACCAUUUUCUUUCCGCGCUGGAUGGUUAUCGUGAACCAUGAACUCUCUGUGAAUCUGGUUUGUCCAUAAUGUGAUAAGUAUCUGACCCCUUUGAUAUAAAUCACUUUUGAGUCUUUAUCUUUUCUUCAAGAACAAAUGUCCUGCCCAUAUUUCGUAAAGAUUAAGUUAUAUUGGCAAAAGAGCUAUUCCCUCUCCUCCCAGUAACAGUGAACAUUAUGCUAAAAAUAAAAUAACGAUUAUAUACUAUAAUUUUAUGAAUUACAUUAAAUCGCAAUAUCAGUACUAUUCACGGAAGAGCACAGAUAACAUUUGAUCUUGUAAACAUUCUGGCUACGUAUUCCUCUUCCUACACAUCCAGUACUUUUACAGAAGGCCGUUUUAGAUCUCUGUCGUCCGCAUAUUCCCCGAAUGAGGUUCAACUUAUUGUUGAGGACGAAUGAGGCACAUGUCCUCCCCUUCUAUGAACUCUGGUAUUUUGAUAACUUUUUGUCUCGCUUUCCAUUGAUUCGGGAGGAUUGUAGUGUACCGAAGAUGACCCCUGUUAGGUAAGGAUUAUCACAAUUGAAAAGCGAUUUGAGGCGCCAGAUACUGUAAGUAAACUGUUUUUUUCCAUCUGUCCACCCGCCCGUGGUGUUUGCGUAUGGUAACACUGCGUCCCGGGCUUUAAAUAGUUACAGUAUGUGUAAGUUUUAGGUAAAUAAAAGGAUAUCUGGGUGUACAUUUGCAACUGAAAAGUGUUUUAAUAAUGUACUGUAUGCGAAUUACACCGUUAAUAUUCGAAAUAGGAUAUUGUUAUUAUUGUUGAAUGUACGCUGCAUGUAACCACAUGUAAAGCCCGAGACGCAGUGUUACCAUACGCAAACACCACAGGUGGAUGGACAGAUGAAAAAAAAAAAAAAAAAAAAAAAAAAAAAAAAAAAAAAAAAAAACAGUUACUAGUCCCUCAUCCUUCCUUAGCUGCGCCCAGAUUACUAAGCGUCAAAUAAGUGUAGGAAAUGAUCUAUUUCUAUGGCGCGGCACAACAGGUUUCAGAAGUGUCUAAGUGCGAACUGUAGUGUAGCGUGGAGGCAGGACCCACUAAGAUAGUUCGUAGUGAUACUUUCUAAUACAUUAGGUUUAUUUGUCCUUAAAACAGCGGCAUUUAAUCAUUAUAUACCCACAGAAGAAUCUAAAGAAUUAAGCCCGGAAGAGACAUACGGUAUCAUGGUUGCAGUUUGUCAUUAGCGUCAUAAUAUUGCCAUUCCUAUAAUUAAGAAUCCGUUCAUGUCUCUUUGCAUCAUUGAUAUUGUUGGUAAUUUUUCUUCCUUAUUCUUUUAUUUUAUUUUUUUGUCUUGACGAUAUUUUCUAUUUUCAUACAAAUGCAUGAAAUUUCAGUCGCUCUUCUUUUAUUUCCAACGUUAUGAAUACUUAAUGUACAGUAUAUUCGCCCGUGUUUCCUCAAAAUUGUUUUAUAUAUUUACUACCAAAAGAAAUAUUUCCUUUAA